AUGGGACGCUCCUGGGCGAGCGAUACUUUCGCGACCGCCAAUCCAUCGGCACUAACAGGUGUCCUGGAAAAGUCGGUCCUUCCAAGCGUCCGUCCUCGACCACCCGAAUCCGGGCAUUUCGUCACUCUCCUGGGAAGUUCUUGUCUUGUACACACCGAGAUGAAGACAUCGCAUGCGUUUUUUCCGUCUUCUGCUGUCGCGUAUCGGCACAGUCCAGAGGUGUGCGGAGUAAGACCCAUGACCAGGCUGGAGACGCGAAAAAAGCGACCCUUGACUUAUCUCGGUUUCAUACCAGCCGUUUUAAAGUCUCUCCACGGGCUAGAGACCGCCACCUUCCUCGUUUUUCCGGCGGAUCCGCUUUCCAGGAAUCGACCCUCCAGUGUCUUCUGUAUCCUGUGGCUUCUUCGUGUGCACUGA